AUGAUGGUGUUGCCCCCGAGGAGGAAGGAGUUUGAGAAUAAGGAGAAGGUACUGAAGGAGGUUGAAGGGCGGAUUCGGUUAAAGGAGAGGGAGUUAGAUGCGGUUUUGAAGUUGAUUCAGGAGCAGACGAUAGAAUGUGAUGUGAAAGGGAAGCAAGUUAUGGCAUUGCAGAUGUCCAUUGAGAAAUGUGAGAAGGAGAUGGAACUGAAAUGGGAGGAGUGGUCUUGUAAGCUUGAGUUGAAAGAGAGGGAGCUAGAAAGGUUGUUUGAGAAGUUUGAGUUGAGAGGGAAACAAUUUGAGCCGAUUGUUGAAGAGAUUCGUGUUAUUGAUAAGAGGGUGGAUGAAUGCUUAAAUGAGGGUCUAAUUAAAGAGAGGUACUUGCAGUCAAGUGAAAAAUCGAUACAAGAACGAGAAAGGGCUUUGGAUUCAGUGUCCCAUGAUCUUGAGAUGAAAGGGAGGCACAUAGAAGAGGAGGCCAAACAGCUUGAAUUGAAGCAAACACAAUUUUCUUGUCAAGUGAAGACUCAGCUGUUCGAAAGAGAGAAGUAUUUUGCCUCAUCACUUAAAAAAUUGUUAGAACAACAAGAUCAGUCUUUGAAUGCACUCCAAAUGAAGAUGGAAGCGGUCAAAAAGCUUUCGGAGGGGAAACAUGAACAGCAGGGCAGAGCGAUAUUGGAGUUGAAACCAAAACUAUUUGAUUCUCAGCUAUUGGGAAGAGAAUUUGAUGAGUCCUUCAAUUUGUUUCUCUUAACUGGUAUUAUUCAGAAUCUUAUUGAAAGCAAGCAGCUGAUCAAGGCUGUUACGUUUAUCUUCAACUUCAACCAGACUGACAAAUUUCCCCUGGUACCACUCUUGAAAGAAUAUGUGGAGGAUGCAAAGAAAAGUUGCACUGAAAUUUUCAGUAAAGACAUAUCACAUGAUGAAAAGGAAGAGGUUGUUGAUGACCAAAUAGCUGAUCUAAGAGCUCUGAUUCAGUGCAUUGAAGAUCACGGCCUUGAGUCGCAGUUCCCACCAAUUGUUAUUAUGAUGGAAAUUGAAUGGCUUGGGAAGUUAAAGGAGAAUCCAUACCUGGUGCUAUCUCUACCGUCCAAUGUUGAAAAACAUGAGAAAAAAGGAAGGAAGCGAAAUAUUGUUCGGAGUCUCAUUGAAAGAAAGCAACUGAUUCAGGCUGUUAGAUUUAUCUGCACCUUCAAGCUAAAUGAUAAGUUUGACCCAGUACCACUCUUGAUAGAAUUUGUAGAGGAUGCACAGAAGCGUUGCAAUGAUAGGCUCCGUGAAGUGAAAUCAAAUGUUGAAGAGGAUAAGGUUGUGGACGACCAAAUAGCCGAUCUAAGAGAUGUUCUGAAAUGCAUUGAAGACCACAGCGUCCCAUACCUAGCAUUCGGCAUUAUAAAGGCUAUUCAAGAUCUUGAGAAGCUAAAAGGGAACCGAAAAUUGAGGCCGUCUCUGAUUCCCACUGUUGAAAAGCAAGAGCAGACAGAAGGAAGGAAAAGAAGUUCCAGCAGUCUAUAUCCCACACCUCACGCAUAUCAGCUGCGUAAAAGAACAUAA